UUUGUUUUGUGGCGAAAUACAUUUUAGUGCGUGCAGCUUGAAGCAAAGCGAAAGUAAAAGCAGCAGCUACUUGCAUACUACCGCAAUCUGACAUCCAAGAGGAAAUGCACGCCGCCACGAGCUGCUGCUAACCUGCCUGGCUGACUAGUUACCUGGCUAGAGCUAUGGACAGCGCACCCAUGUCGCUGGCAUUUAGCAGCCUGGGGCUGCUGCUGCUGCUACUGGUGAUGGGGAUGUGCGUGCUGUUGGCCUGUCGUUGCUUGGGUCCGCGUGCCGCCAGCUGGAUGCGAAUGCGCUCCAGCAAGGAGGAGAAGAUUGGCCUGUCCAAGCACAAGCUGUUCCAUCCCAAUGGCUACAUGGCCAGCAUACAAUCCGGCUCCGAGUUUCUGCUGAGCACCAGCGGCAGCUUCAAGCGCUUCGAUACCAUUGACAAGGACGACCACAAUCGCUCCCAGCAGCAGCUGCUGCAGCUGCAGCAACUGCAACAGCAGCAGCAGCAACAGUUGCUGAUGGGCAAUGGAGGCGAUAACAUGACCACGACGACGACCACGACGACGACGACUCCUUUGUGGAAUCUGCCACAGGCGGAUGUCAGCAUUCCGCCGCAGCCGCUGCGCCCGGCGCCGGCGCCCAACAGCGCCGGGCCCAGCAGCAAGACGGUCACCUUCUCCUUCAGCCAGAUCAAUGAGCUGGACUCGCCAACGAGCCAGGAGCCGCGCUCCUGCCUGCGCCCGGCAACUGUUGCGGCUGCUCUGCCGCAGCCACUGGAGGCGCCGCCGCCGCCACGACUAACCACAUCCGCAUCGGUGACGCUCUCGGCGACGGCCAUACCGCGUCCUAUUGCCAAGCGGCAGGUCUCGCUGCAGCAGGGCAUCAAUCGCAGCACAGAACCCGCAACGCCCCCGUCCCAAUCCCAGUCCCAGCCGGAGCGUCGUCCGCCGGCGCUAAAGCGUCGCAACUCGAGCACGAAUCCCUUUCUGUGCGAAUCCAUGGAACAACUGCCGCCGGCGACACCACCGCCACCAGCGGAGCAACUGCCGCCGGCGGCGGCGCAGCACAAUGGCAAUCCCUUUGUGCACGGCCAGAGCCUGUCCAGCCGUCUGCUCCGGCUGCAAAACGCCAACAAUCCAUUCACGGGGCUGACGCAGCGCGUCAAAGGGCCGCACAUGCUGCAGAAGACCAUCUCGGAGGAUUAUCUGUUCCGCAAGCUGGGCGCCAACGGACAGCUGCCCAAUGGACAUGGACAUGGCGCCGCGAAUGGCAACGGCAACUCCACCUGGUGCUUUGGACGUUCGCUGCUGCGCCAGGACUCGAGCAUCAGCCUGGGCCUGGGCAGGCGGAACAGCUCCCAAAUGUCGCUAGAUGGCUCCAUUGAGGGCAUCCAUUUGGAGCACGGCAUCUCGUGCGAUUCGGUCAACUCGGAUGCCUCCUCGCUGUGCCUGGACCAGCUCGAUCAGCCGUACACGCAAAUCACGGGCUAUCUGUGCGUCGGCCUGCAGUACGACAAGCACAACAGCAACAGCGGCCAGAACGAGGAGGAGGAUCAGCUGGAGCUGACGGUCAGCGUGCUGGAGGCCAAGGGACUCAUCUGUCCGCUCAGCAUGGGGCUCGACUCGCUGGACACAUUCGUGCGCAUCUACCUAGUGCCCGAUCAUGCGGGCGGCAUGCAGACCAAGGUGGUUCAGUCAACGCUGACGCCAGCCUACAAUGAGAGCUUCAACUUUCGACUGAAGCGACAGGCGGGCAGGCACUCGUUGUGGUUCCAUCUGUACCACAAUGGGCCCGCGCAUACGCUGAUCGGCGAGGCGGAGAUGGAGAUUGGCGAGAUGGCGCGUCCAAUAACCACGUGGAUACCAUUGUCCGAUUCGCGCAAAUGCAACGCACGCUGGGGUGAGCUGAUGUUCUCGCUAAGCUAUCUGCCCACAGCGGAGCGCCUCACCAUAGUCGUGGUGAAGGCGCGCAAUCUCAAACUGGACCUGGACCUAGAAGCGGAGCAGCAGCAGCAGCAGCAAUCGCCCACAGCUGCCGCAGUGCAGCACGUGUUUGUCAAGGUUUAUCUGCUGAACAACGACAAGAUGGUGCUGAAGAAGCGCACCUCGCUGAAGCGCAAGGAUCGCUGCCCCAUUUUCAACGAGUCGAUGAUCUUCAGCGUGCCGCCCCAGGGCCUGACCACGGUCCAGCUGCGCUUGACCGUCUUCGGUGUCACCGACAACGGUAUCGUGCCGCUGGGUCAUGUCAUUGCCGGCAGCUGUGCGGUGGGCAAGGGUCUGCGCCACUGGCACCAGAUGCUCUCCUCGCUGCGCAAGCCGGUCGCCAUGUGGCAUGUGCUGCGACGCGCUGCCAACCAGCCCGUCUUCAUUGGCGGCGCCGAGGCCGUUGUCGCCGCCAUGCAGAGCACCCUGCAGCGGGCGAGCGCCAAGCGCAACAGCAUCGUCUAGAGGGUUGAGAAGAUGGAGCUGACGUGGGAGUGGCAACUGGAGCGAGAGUUGUAGUGUGAGUGGGAGCAGAAAAUGGAGCGGAAGCUGAAGCAGGAAGUGGAACGAGAGCUGGAGCGGGAACUGGAGCAGGAACAUGACCAGCAACUGAAGCAAGAAGUGGAGCAAGAGUUUCAGUGACAGCAACAACUGCAGCAAGAACUGGAGCCAGAGGUGGAACGAGAACUGGAGCAGGAAGUAAAUCAAGAGCUGGAGCUAGAGCUGGAGCAAGAACUGGAGCAAGAACUGGAGCAAGAACUGGAGCAGGAGCUAGAGCUGGAGCAAGAACUGGAGCAGGAGCUAGAGCGAGAACUUUAGUAGAUGCUGAAAUGGGAACUGGAGCGGGAACUGGCAAAUGAACUGGAAUGAAAACUAUAGUGGGACCUGGAGUGGGAGCUGGAACAAGAGCUGGAGCAAGAACUGAAGCGAGAGCUGGAGCCAGAGCUGGAGCGAGAACUAAAGCAAGAACUGGAGCAAGGACUUUAGUGGCUGCUGAAGUGGGAACUGGAGCGACAGCUGGCAAAGGAACUGGAGCGAAAACUAUAGUGGGAGCUGAAGUGGGAACUGGAGCAAGAGCUGGAGCAAGAACUGGAGCAACACACCUGUUGCGAGAACUGGAUCGAGAACUGGAGCAGGAGCUAGAGCAAGGACUGGAGCUUGACCAGGAGCGAGACCUGGAGCGAGAACUUUAGUGGAAACUGGAGCGGGAACUGGCAAAGGAAGUGGAGCGAAAACUUUAGUGGGAGCUGGAGUGAGAACUCGAGUGUCUGCUGGAUCAGGAGCUGGUAUGGGAUAUCCAGCGAGAACUUAAACGUAAGCUGGAUUAAGAGCUGUAUCUAAAAUUAGAGUCGCAUUUAGCAGCGACCAUUUUGAGCCAAUUGCCAUAGACAGAAGCCACAUUCUCCCUCGCUUCAGCCACAACCCACAACCCAGAAUCCAUUACCCAUAUCCAACUGCCAUGUGCCCUUGUCCCACCUUCAAGAUGGCAGCCUGUGCAUUGCAUUUACUAAAUUUCUUACUUUUCUACAAAUUUCCUACAACAAAUGCGCAAUAGGGCAUUUAGGUUUAGGCAUUACCUAGUACAUAGGCGUAAUACCAGAUACCAGAAAAAUCUUCGAAACUAUUCGAGAAAACCUUAAACUAAACUUAACAGAAACCCCGCACCAAAGGACAAAUCGAGCCUAUUAACUAGCUAUAUAUAUACACACACACACAUAUAUAAAGAUAUAUACUAUAUAUAUACAAAUCUAUAUAGCAGUAUUUAGUAUAUACUGAAUAUAUACUAUACAUACUAUAUGUAGUCGUAUGCAUGCACAAUAUUUAUGUACUUAUUAAAUACUGCACGCACUCAUUGUUAUCAUGCAUUUACCACUUAUCGAUAAUUAUCGAACUGCUUAAUAUCGAUCAGCGUAUAAACUAGAUCAAGCUCUUCGGCAAGUCGAAUAUUGAAUACCCUUGCCAUACUGCAAGAAAUCCAAUUCAAUUUGGAUUCCUCAACUUCAAUCAAGCCGACUUUGUAUUUUUGAUUUAUGAAAAGACCGAGAAAUUAUUGCGAUAGCUUAUUUGGAUAUUGUAAAGAUUUUAAAUAUCUGAUGGUUGCAAAAUGAUAGUUCCAUAUAUUACUGAAUGACUGUCAUUGACUGUGUCGAGAUAACAAAGAUCGAAUAUGUCUACUCAUAAAUAACUGACUGACGGCUGAUUGACUGACUAAUUGACUGACUGACUAACUGACUGAAUGACUGACUGACUGACCGAUUGAUUGCGAUUGAUCUUACCUGACGAGAUUUUCGAUAACAACGUUGGAAUAUGCCUACUCAUGAUUGACUGACUGACUGACUGACUGACUGAUUGACUGAUUGACUAUCUGAUUG